AUGCGACUCAUCCGCGGGGGCCUCACAAGGGCCCUCCGGGGUGUCCAGCUAUUCAGUCCCCGUCUCCUGCAAGACGUAGAAGCAGCAGCAUCAGCACCACCAGCAGCGACGGCAACAGCGGCAGCAACAGCUGAAAUACUGUCAACGGGUCAAGCAGCAACGACACCAGUGGCAGCAACAUCUUCAGUAGGAGCACGAGCAGCACUGGCGGAGGUAGGGUGGCCUUCGUCGCCUUCCACAUUACGAUCUAUACACCUACAGACACGAAUAACGCAGAAACAGCAGCAACAGCAGCAGCAACACCAGCAGCAACGGCAGCAGCGUCAGCGAUCACUCUUGCGGACAGAAGCAGCCUCAUUUCACACAUUCGCCGACACUUGUAUUUCUACUGCUUAUAAGGACCCUUGGGGGGCCCCUCUUGGGGAUAUAGCAGGUUUCCAUGCUACCUCUUAUUCUUCCUCCUCAAUAGAGCUGCCGCCUUAUAUUCAUCGGCUUAUUCUUGGCCGUUGGACUCUAUACUUUUAUCCAGUUCCUCAGUACCUCAAAUGUAUUGAUGGGGCCCCCGGGAGGUCUCCGCAAGAGGGCCCAAGCUCCUGGGAAGGAGCUCUACUUGUUGCAGCACUGCAGCCGCAACUGUUGUGUGUUGAGUGCUGCAGCAGGAGGCUGCAGCGGCUUGCAGCAGCAGCAGCAGAUGCAGCAGCAGCAGCAGCACAAGGGGGUUCGCUUGAAGAAGAAACGAGGAAGCAACAGAGGGGGCUUGCCAGAGGCUUUUCACUUCUUACCUCUUUUGACGGCGGGCUGCUGGAAUCCGCACUGCUGCCAAUUAUACUCGCUGCCUCUUCUUUACCGAACCGUUCUUGGAUGCCCCUACCAAAGGACUCAUCUGAGGGCCCCCCCAGCUUUGGGACCCCUCCCUCGGGGGCCCCUUCUCUGUGUGCGGUUUACCCUAUUGAUAGGGACCGAGGCACCACACUGGGGUCUUCCCCCCCAAUGGGGUCCCUGCAGUGGGCACAACACCAGAAAGAGGUGUUCCCGUCGGGGUACCAAGUGCUGCUUGAGGAGAGGGCCACAUGCGCAGCAGCCAGUAUAUGGAAUGCCCUUCAAGACACAGAAGAAAGAAUGAAGUUAAUGGGGCCCCUAGGCGGCCCUCAGGCUCAAGGAUCCCCCACAGUAGGGUCCCCGCAACAGCAGAAACCAGAGGACCAGCGCAAACUCUACGAGCGGCCUCCCUUGGGACUUGUCUUUUGUUCAACAGCUCUUCUGCCACUGGUGAUGGAGUCUCUGCAGCAUCUGCAUGCGCUAGAAGCUCCAAAAGCAGCAGCAGAAGCAGCACCAGCAGCUGCUGCUGGGGAGCAACGCCCUCGGUAUCGCACGACGCUGGGUGCUGCUCUGUACCGCUCGCCUCCUUGUCUGCUGCCCUUGUUGCUGCUUCGUUUCCUGGUGCUGCCUGCCGCUGCAGCAUAUGGCAUUGCUGCUGCUGUUGCAGCUCUCUCCUCCUGGGCCCGCUCCAGCUUCCAUAGGGGGGACCCUCCUGCAGCACUAGGAGGGGAGCUGCAUGUGCCCAUUGACGAGACCCCCACUAGGGGUACCCCUAGGAGGGCCCCCGAAUGGGGGCCCCCUCCUACAGACACCUCAAGGCAAUCACGUUAUUAA